GUCACGUAGCCCCGCCCCCGGUCGCUCUGGACGUGCCUGCUGUCAUAUAUCGCUGUGACGGUGCGGGCUGCACUUUGCGCGGUGCGAGCUGUCAGUCACACGCCAUGUCCCAGCUGCUGCUGCUGUCCGCUGUGCGGGCUGGUGCCGGCGGCCGUGCUCUCCGGGGCUCCUGCUCGCUCCGUGCCGCCCGGGCGCUGCAUGGCUCCUCGUCCCGCGGCUCCCAGGGCCGCUCGCUGCUCAUGGCGGCCGGUUCGGCGGUGGUGGCCGGGCUGGCAGCCGGGUACAGCCGUUUCCAGCGGGCGGAGAUGGCCCCCAGGAGCCUGCCGCCGGUCAGCCCCCAGGGAGAGCUGGAGAGGCGGUGUGAGGGCUUCAUGGCUCCCCCUGUCACCGGGCUCCAGGAGCUGCAGGCAAACCGCGCCGACAUGAAAACCCAGAUGGAGCUGCUCAUCAUGGAGACCCAGGCAGAGGUAUGCCGGGCCCUGGCAGCGGCUGAUGGAGGGGCCACAUUCAUUAUAGACAGCUGGCACAGGACUGAAGGUGAGUGCUGGACCUCAGUGUUGGCAACCAUGGGCACCAGGGAGAGGUAUUGGCCAGCCUGGCACUGGGGGGGUAUUGGUCAGCCUGGCACUGGGGCAGAGGGGGCGUAUUGACCAGCCUGGCACUUGGGCAGAGGGGGAGAGGAAUUGGCCAGCCUGGCACUGGGGCACCAGGGAGAGGAAUUGGCCAGCCUGGCACUGGGGCAGAGAGGGGGGGGUGUUGGCCAGCCUGGCACUGGGGCAGAGGAGGGGGUGGUUGGCCAGCUUGGCACUGGGCGGGUAUUGGCCAGCUUGGCACUGGGGCAGAGGGGGGGUGGGUAUUGGCCAGCCUGGGGUGGGUAUUGGCCGGCCGGCAAUGGGGCAGAGGGGGGGGUAUUGGCCAGCCUGGGGUGUAUUGGCUGGCCUGGCACUGAGGAGGGGGGGUGGGUAUUGGCCAGCCUGGGGUGUAUUGGCUGGCCUGGCACUGAGGAGGGGUAUUACCAGCCUGGCAGGGGGGUUUGCUCUUUGGAUUUCAGUUUGCUGCCAUUUGUCAUUUCCUAAAUAAAUCCCAAAGUGUAUAUUUACAGGUUUUUUUUUUAAUGGACCUACAGUAGAUGCGAGAAUUUUCGAUGUGGGAGAGAAAUCCAGUUUGUCAGGAAACACAUUGUGCUGUAUCAGUCUAAACUAAUUUAUUAAAGUAAAUAUUUGAAAUGAUUGCACUUGGUCUAGCCGCAUAGACUGUACAUUUGUAUUUCAGGUCUUCUAGACUAUGUUGUGUUUUUAAUGUUCUGCAUAUAUGUGAGUAUUGCAAUAUCGCCUGAUUCAUAGACCAUACACUUUGUAUUCCCUGUUACAGGUGGCGGAGGUGUAAGCUGUGUAUUGCAGGAUGGCAAUGUGUUUGAAAAGGCAGGUGUCAAUGUAUCUGUCGUUCAUGGUUACCUCUCAGAGGAGUCAAUUUUACAAAUGAAAAGCCGGGGGAAAAACCUUAAGACCAAAAACGGUAUACUACUUACUCAUUAAGACAAAAAUGUUGUUCAGCUAAUUUUGAUAUAAGAUUCUUAUGACUUGGUUUCAUUUGAGCGAUAAUAAAUCUGGAAGAAUUGAGCACAGCUUGGAUGUACUUGUAGCAUUUUUGCCCACAAGGUAGAUCCUCGGAUGUUUUAAAACCUCUUCCUUGAUGCUUUCUCAUUCUAAAGAAAUUCCAAAGACAUGCAAAGCAUCAUGGGAGUUGUAGUUCUACAACAUUUUGGGAUUUCCUUUUUGGGCACCCCUGACUCAGAGCAAUAUGUCCCCAAGUCUGUCUGUCUGAUUGGUCUCCACUGUUCUCAGAGGGCUGUGCUCACUUACAUAAUUACAAUAUGUAGUUGCCUCUUACCACUUAUAUUUUGUCUUUUACAUAUGUGCUUUUGUGUAGCCUUAAUUUAUAUAUUGUUGUCCUUGUCUGUAAUGAUUUGUUUAAAAAAAAAAUAAAAAAAAAAUAAAAAAAAAACAGUGGGGCAAUAUAUCCUUUUAGAUAAUGUAUGUUACCUUGAUGGCACCCUGGAUAGCAGUGCUCUGAAUAUCAUUUUUAUGAAGCAAAGUCAAACUGAUAAAUAAGAGUGAUUUUAACUGUAAAUACCUACCACUACCAUGUAAAGUAUUCUGUCAAAAUGUCAAACAUCCACUGUGUUAAUGUUUCUAUAAAUCCACAAUGCAGCUCAUGCAUUUAUCUGAUAUUUGCAUAAAAUCGGGUAAUUACAGUUCUGUUAUUCCAAAGUAGCCAUGGUGAAAACAUGGCAAACAUAGUACAUUUUUGCAGUUUGGUUAUUUUUGUCUAAAAUUUUUAUGUUUAAGCAUGAUCAAAGACUAAAGCAUACAAAAAAUACAUUACACUAUGGAACAUCUUGAAAUGCUUAGUUUCUUGUUUUACUAAGAAAAUACAGCAGCCUGUCUGAUUCACCCAGCAUGAUUUUUAUAUAUAAUUUUUUCAAUUAUAUUUAAUUUUUUUAUUAUAAAGGUAAGCUACCAUUCUGUGCCAUGGGAGUUAGCUCUGUAAUUCAUCCCAAGAAUCCUCACGUCCCCACAAUCCACUUCAACUACAGAUACUUCGAAAUUGAGGAGGAAGACGGUAAGAGAAUUUUAUUUUUUUAUUUUUUUUGUGGUGGUUUCAUUGGUUGGUUGAACCUACAGAAUCCUCACAUUUACCUUCCCAGUGUUGAUCUUCUGGAGUAAGUCUGUUACCUGAUCAUUCAGGAUUUCACCUAUGGCCUCUUAACUGCUAGCUGUGUUACAGUAAUGCAGGUGGUGGCUGGGACCAGAUUCACCCAAAUGUGCAAACACUCCAAUAAGUAGUUGGGGAGCCAAUGCUAUAACCACACAUUCUUAUAAUAAAUAUAGGGAGUUGUUGCAUAUUCAUGAAGGCGACUUUGAAAGAUAAUUGGAGCAUAUUUUUUUUGAGAAUAUACCAAAAUUCAGAGGGAACAAGAUACAAGCCAUCAGGCAUGAACCUUCUAAUUUUUAUUUUUAUUUUUAACCUGCAUGUCCUCAAGUGGAACAUUUUUGUUUGUAAAACAUUUAAUGACAAAUUUAAAAACCAACCAGUUUGGCUCACUUGAUUUGGUUUUACUUUAUUUUAAAAGGUAACAAGCAGUGGUGGUUUGGAGGUGGCACUGACCUUACCCCGACAUAUCUGAACAAGCAAGACGUUGUGCAUUUUCACCAGACUUUAAAAGAUGCCUGUGAUAAACACGGCGCUGGGUAUUACCCCCAGUUUAAGAAGUGGUAAGUGUAUGGGACUUCGUUGGUUAGACUGGGAAAAAAUUCUUUAGGACCAGCCCACACUCAUGUUAAACUUAAAAUUUUGCAUAGAUUGCUAACUCUGUGUCUGAAGAUUUAUCUUCUGCAAACCAUAGCAGUCUUGCUGUGAACAGGUCAGCUUGUUUGGAAAGAUAAAGGAAAUAUCACAUGCUGCCUCUCUGAGUGCUGCUGAUAAAGAGGGUGGGGUAAUGGGGCGCAUACUGGCACAAAAUGCUUGUUUCUGGAAACAGGAUGAACUUCACUUAACGUUUUUUUAAUCUGGGCUAAUUUGCCCUUCCCUCUUACACUGCAAGUCUUGUGUGUUUUAAUGAUAUGGUGACAUCACAGGCCUUUCGUAGCCCAUCUGUGAAGCUGAAAUGUUAAUUUACCCCCUUAAACACUGUUAUUCACAAAAGUGAGCAUUGAAAGUGAAUUUCAAAAUAAAGUUACAAGUAGCUGAAACAGAUUCUUUUGUCUGGCUACUCCAGGCUGAAAUUUGAAAUUCACUUUGGAUUAUCACUUUAGUAACUAGUCCUGCAAAUGUUACUUUCCUUUCAUCACAAAACUCCUUCCAGGUUAUUCCCAUUGCGAUGUGUUUUGGGUAUAGGGUGGUACUUUAAACACAUUUACAAUCUCUUUACUGCUUGACAUCGGUUCCUCUGCAUAUGAAAAUUAAACCACUCUGGUGCAUAAGCACGUUGCUUCCAAUUUCAAUGCAUUGUCUGUAGCAGCAGUGGACUUCUGUUUGGUUAAGUGACAAACCUGUAACACAUAAAGUGCCUGAGCCAAGUGACUGAAUUACCCAAAAUAAUCAUUUGAGAAGUAUGGAUUAAUCAGGAGUCCUGGAACUUUCACUCCUAGAAAAUGUUCUAUGUUUGUAACGACGAUCCAUAAAUAGAGAAUGUGGAAGCCUUUUUCAGAUUAAUGCUUGGCUUUGGUUUUGUUUUAGUUUUUAACAUGUUAAAGUGCAAAAGUUUUUUUGUUUUUUUUGUUGUUGUUUGUUUUAAUACCCAUAACUGUUUGAGGUUAAUCUUUACCACCUUUGGCUUACUUUGUAGGUGUGAUGACUACUUCUUCAUUAAGCAUCGUGGAGAACGGCGGGGUGUUGGGGGCAUAUUUUUCGAUGACUUGGACUCUCCAUCAAAGGAAGAGGUCUUUAAGUUUGUGGAAAGCUGUGCCAAAGCUGUAGUGCCAUGUUACAUCCCUAUAGUUGAAAAACACAAGAAUGAUUCCUUCUCACCAGAAGACAAACUGUGGCAGCAGUUAAGACGAGGGCGGUAAGUUUCUUUAUGUAUUUAUUACGAUAUGCCAAUAUACAAACCUAACGAAUACUUUGUGAUGUAUUUAGGAAAUCUGGUCACUUCUGAUGUGUGCAACAUUGUCUGUAUAAACCACUCUUCAAGAUGCUGUCUUGUAGUAUUCCUAGGGUUCCUUCAGUGAAAUGUACAUGCCAGCACCAUUGUAGGGAUCGACCGUCGGUCUGGCUGACAUUCUGUAUUUUCAGCAAUAUUGGUAUCUGCCAAUAAAGAUGCCUUUUUUUUUUUUUUUUUUUCAUACCUACAAACACUCACUGCAUUCAUUAUACACACUACACACACGCACUGCGUUCACUAAUCAAAUACUCUCACUGCAUCCACUAAACACACGUUCUUGAAAACAUAAAUUCUGACUGGCAUGUAUAUUUUGUGCAUUUACCUGAAUAAAAUUUUGGGGCAUAAAAUAAUAAACCUGUUGAGUUAACAGUAGAUUUAUUUAGAAAUGGUUACUUUGUACAUUUACACUUUAAAAAAAAAAAAAAAAAAAUCGGCUAUCUGCCUGAAAGUUCAGAGUACCUAAAUAUCGGUCAAUCCCUACACCAUUGUAUUAAACUACUUGACAAAUUGAGAGUGCGUUUUGUUUCCAACGUGUAUCGACUGUAUAAAGUAAAACUAUACGUUUGCAUAUUCCUGUUCAUGUUCUCACUUGCUUCUUGUUUUCAUUAACGUUAGAUAAGAGCCUGAUUAGAAAAUAUAUAUUAAAAAUAAGCUGACCUGUUUAUUUUUUAUUUUUCUUCAGGUAUGUGGAAUUUAACCUUGUAUAUGACAGAGGGACAAAAUUUGGUUUAGCAACCCCAGGAUCCAGAAUUGAAAGUAUCCUUAUGUCCCUGCCAUUGACUGCCAGGUAAGUUGUCUUCAUGCUUCCAUAAUUGUUGUAGAGAUGGUCUGUGUUUGUUAUGGGUGAAGGGGGCAGGUGUGAUGCAAGUAAUACAGGUUAUUGAAGUAUUGACUAAAGAGGACUUAAAUUGUUAGGCCAACUAAAAACUUUUCCGCGUUGGAGAAUGUUUGUUUUCAUAUUGGGUAGUUUGGCUUAAAGUUUACAAUUUGUUCAUUCUUAAUUUAUUUUUAUUUAUUUUUUUUAUGUAUUCCUCAGUUCAGUAACCUUAUGCUAGUGAAGCGUUGGCACCAUCUUAAUGAAUUUCCAAAGGUUUGUUCAGCAAACCUGUAACUGGGGAAAACUGUCUGGAGAAUUUUCUUUUUUUUUGGGGGGCUGAACGAACUGUAUUCAAUAUUCUCCAACUUAAAAUGGUUUACACUUCUGAUAGUCAGGCUUAAAAUGUGCAACUAGCCAGAUUUCAGUAUAUUGGAUGCAAUUCUUUAUUAAAAUCCCCACACUGAAAAAUAAGGUUAUAAUGUAUGGAAUAUUUGUCGCAAUGUUUUUAAAUCUCAUUUUGUAUGCUCCUUUUCAGAUGGGAGUACAUGCAUUCCCCACCCCCAGAUUCCAAGGAGGCUGAAAUAUUGAAUGUUCUUCGAGAACCUAAAGACUGGGUGCAGUAGUGUCUGGUUUAAUUUCACUGGAAAUUUGAAGACCCCGAAUUGCAUGUUGCAAAUCUACAAAUGCCUUUUUCCAUCCUUUAGCUUCUAGUUUCACGAUGAUGUUUAAUGUGACAAUAAUUAUCUGGUGGUCUUGGUGUAUUGUAAUCUUUGAUCAGUUCCUUAUGGCCACUUUAUGGCCUGUAAACUAUCAAAGUGCAUACUGAGUAAUGCAAUUUACUAUUGAUUAGUAGUAUCUCAUAUCUGUAGUCAGUGCCUUUUUAUUACAAAAAUACAAAUCUUUGUCUAGUAUCUUAUAAUACUUAUAAAUUUUGUAAAGAUUUAAAUGUACUCUGCAAUGCCAAAAUCACUAUAUGAAGCAGAUAUUACAGUACCCAGACACCAGUUGCACAGAUUAUGAAAACCAUUAAGAAUCACAAACUGUAUUCAUACUAUUAAAGGGAAACUACAGACUUGUUAAUUUUUUAAAUAAUUUCACUAUUUAUAGUUUGCCCACUGAAUGUCUCACUGCAAAUCUCUAGAACAUGCUGCUACAGUGAUACCUGCAGUGACUGUAAUUAACCUGUCCACCUGGUCUAAAAUUCCCUUUGGGAUCUUUAGGAUCACUUUGUAUAUCCAAGAAAUUCUGCUGUGCAAGGGUUGUUUGGUAUACCAGCAGUAGUAAGUGUAUUUUUACUAGGUACUGAUUUCAUGAUUGCCUAGAUAUCCGCUUUCUGUUUAUAUUGUACAGCGCUGUGGAAUCUGUUGGCGUUUUAUAAAUAUUAUUCUGUAAAGCAGGUCACUUACACUGCACAUAAUUUAAUGUGUCAAUCUGUCAGACACGUUAUCGUUACUAUAGUUACUUGCCAUGUCUUAACAAAAAAAACUAUUGUUUUCAUGAAUAAUUGAUGCAGAUUUCUGUGGAUUUAAAAUCCACAAAUUAAGAGUACAGGGGGUGGGGGGCAGGGAAACUACUGAUUGAGAUUUUGUAAAUUAAACUUUCUAGUAAUAAAAAUUUACAUUGUGCCAGACAUUGGUUGUCUAGGAUUUAAAGUGGUCUCUUUGUAUUUGUAAAAUUCAGCUAUGAACCCUCAACAUGCAUUUUAUAGGACUCUAUAUUUAUAUCCACAAUCAAAGUGCAAUUUUUACAAUAAAAUAUUCAUAACUUUAUGUAAAUUUUUUUUUAUGCAGUGUUAUGAUGUUCAUAGGAA